AACAUUUUCACGAAAGCAAGUUGCACGAUCGACGCACAAUGUACCAACGUUUGCAGUCUGUACCCAUUGGCCCACGGAUGGGUAUGAGCCAUGCUUACUUUGCCUCCCCCCCCAGAUACACAAGCACAUGCAGUAGCUGGAGGAGAGGGUGAGGAUGGAACGAGUUGUCCGUGACGCCCCCCACUGCUGAGCUGCUCCAAAAAUAUCCUCAAUUUCACCAUUUCGUUCCACAGAUGGAGGCAGGCUCUCUCCUGGAGGAGCACUUGCAGGUGCGUGUGCGGGAUGCUCUCAGGAGGGACGGGGUGAAGCUGUGGCUUGAGCCUUACACUGACAGUGGAGGAGCUGGUGCUGCCUUGGAGGAGCUGGGAGCACGGUACAGCUCUGAGCUGAGUGCGGAGCUGUCAAUGGUGCUGGGAAGCCUGGAGACGCUGCGCUUGCAUGCCCUGCGGAGGCUCCAUGAGCAGGCUGCCUUCAAGCAGUCCGGCGUCGCCACUAUCCGAUACCGCAUGGCCAGACCUGGGGGUGGCCGACUUGAGACGGGGUCACUCGAAACGAGGCUCGACAUCACAGGCCAGCAGCUCAAGGCAACAAUAGGCCAGCUGUGCGAUAUCCCUUCUGUCAACCUGAAGCUUAUAUCCGCUGGCCGCAUCAUAGAAGAUGGCCGGAGUCUGCAGGAGCAAGGUGUUCGCCCUGCCGCCCAGAUCAUGGUUGUGCCUUUAAUGCUGACGGAGCGCCAGGCUCAUGAGAACGAGGAGCAGCAGCUGAGGCUGGCACGAACACGGCAGGGUGCACAGCUUCUGGCCGACAUAGAUGAUGACAUGGAAGCUCCAGCCAACACACCAUAUCUGCAGAUUGCUGAUCAAAAGGGGAACCCCAUUCAAAUCCCCCAGCAAGAGAAAAAGGCUCUCAUGCUGGCCAUGUCGCUGCACGAGAAGGGCCGUGCAAUGCUGAAGCGGGGGGAGCAUUCAUCCGCCCUGCUGCUCCUGCUGGACGCCGACCGGGAGUUCAAGCAGUGCCGCUCGGAGCUGCUGUCGGCCGUAGACAACUUUGCGGUGCUGUGCCUGGACGUGGUGUGGGCCUACCUUCGCCUGCAGAGCCUCGACGCGCUGCCCGAUGCCCACGACCGCCUGGUGUCGGCGCAAGCCACGCUCAACAAGUGCUACGGGGUCAACCUGGAGAGGCUCUACUCCCUUAAGGGGAGCAGCGGGCGUGAGCAGGCACUCUUCCUUCGUCUGUACCUGCUGCAGGGCAUCGUGUGGUAUCAUCAGGGUAAUUCUGAGCAGGCAAUACAUCAUCUCAGCCAGGCAGAGACGCUGCUGUCGCGGCUGGCUGUGGACGGGGAGAAGUUGGCCCACCUCGUGUCUCUGGGUUUCACGCCUCAGGAGGCUCGUCUGGGGCUGCGGGCUUGUGAGGGAAACUUGGAGAUGGCUGCCACACACGUCAUACAGAGACGGGAGGAGCGGCGGGCGAUGCGCGAGCGCGAGCGCGAAGAGAGGCGUCAGGCACGCCGCGUGCGCCGCUACGGCCGCACGGCGGGAGGCCACUGGGUGGACACGGAGUCGCUGCGCAAUCUCAGGGCCAUGGGAUUCGCGAGCCGCACCGCCGCAGAGGCCCUCCGGCAGGCCGACAACGACGUUCACCACGCUCUGCAGAUUUUGGAAGACCACCCAGAGUUACUGGCUCUGUCGGACAAUGACGCAGAUGAAGAAUCUGUAGAGGUUACUGAAGAGCUCCUCCUCCAGGUGAUGGCGCUCGGGUUCGACUACGAGAUGGCAGAGAGAGCUCUGCGCAGCGCGCGCGGGAAUCUUCAGCGUGCGGUGGAUACUCUCGUCACGUCCGGAGGGGUGCUGCCCCCCUCCACAUCUUCCUCUUCCUCCUCAUCAUCAGCCACCACUCCCACAGACGGAAGGGUGAGGACAGAAGAAGAAGCUCGCAGUGAACGCGAGGCAAUGGAAGAGGUGACAGCAGAUGUCCCGGAGCAUGAGGAAGACUAUCUGGACAGUACCCUGCAGGAAGAGGCCGAGAUCCUGCAAACGUACCAGACCCUUCUAGCACAAGCUCGCACACCCUGACACAAGGUAAA